CUCAUAGUCUAAUCUUUAAUCCCAUUUAUAGACACUGUAUACUGUCUGCAAUUGCGACCCGGCAAUUAAACGGAAUAUGCUUAAUACUAAUGCGGGGUGGGGGGUCUUUUUAGCUGCCGAAUAUAACACAGAUUGAUAAGACGAACGAGCAGCGACGUCAUCAAACAGCCGCGCAGCGCAUUGACUUCGCAAAGGCGAAGCGUCCUGACCUUGUGGUCAAAACGAGACCAACAAGUGGCUAACAGCCUGAGAGGGCAAAAGGGGGUUCAAGAUUUAUUCUCCAUUUUGUCAACAACAAACGGCAACGACUCUCAUCUCUAACACGCACAGUAAUUGAUAAUCUGGCAGCACCGCAUUAGUGGAAGCGUCUCUCACAUAGUAUAGCUGGAAUGCAAGCAUCCGAAGCGCUUAUUUUAAAUUGAAUUCGAUUUAACGAACGAAAACAAUGGCUCAACAGCAAUUUGAUAUUAAUAAACGUCUCAUGACAAUGCUAAAGAACGAAAUGCGAGCGGGUGAACAAAUGAAUGCGUGUGUCAAACAAACAACAAAAGUACGCAACAAUGUUGCGUCAGUUAAUGAAACAAUUGAGAAACAGAAGCGUGCAUAUGAAAAGAUUAACGCAAUAACACUCAAACGACGCAAAGAUCUGGAAGCGUGCGAGGCGCUAGUUGAAGCCGUCCAAGAACAAGUGACGGCGGCCAAGCAACGCAAUGAUGCUAUGCAAGAGCGUUUGGCGGAGAUGAGAAAAGAACACAAUCAGUACAGGGGAUGUGUACGAGUAUUAUGCGCGGCCACCAACAUAUUUAUGAAUGCUAGCGAAUUGCCUACCAAGAUCAAAGGGGUCACUGUUUCAGGCACCGGAGAUCAAUGGUUACCCUUCGAUGUGUCCACGAGCGAUUUAAAGGGCUUAAGCAUGCUGUGGAAUCGCAUUCAAUGCAAUAGCCCUUAUGCUGAUAAGUGGAACCAGCUACUACAAGUUGGGAAUCCAGAAAGCGAACGCCAAGAAAACGUCAAUGUUACAGCCUCAUCGAUAGUUGAGAUAGAUUUAACCUCGCCGCAGUCUCAGAGAUGAUUGGCAUAUUUUAUUUCCCGUAUUUAUUGUAUAUUACUAAUCUAACGAAAGUGCAAAGUAUAUAGUUCUAACUUGUUCUAGACAGAUGAGACAAUGUUUGAUUGAUUUCUAGAUAAAAAUAAAUCUAUUUUUAAGUAUAGGCUAGCAAUUAAU